AUGACAAUUAAUUAUUUGCUAAACAUAUAUUCGAACACAGCUUAGCUCAUUUAAAUGUCAAUUUAAAAAAAAAUUGAAAACAUAAACAAUGUUUUAUUGAGAACCCCCCCACGUACUCUGAGGUAAACAAUAAGCUCGCGUGUAUGGCCAAGAUGGCUGUAGACAUUAAAGUAUAAUAUUUGUCCCAGGCAAAGCAAGCUAAUUUAAUAAACAUUACAUACUAUUUUAUAUUUUUAAAUAUCAUACGGCGUGAAAAGGCAGUUUUCUUGCUUUAACGACAAACAAAAUCUUAGCGGCAGAAUGAGCAAUAUUUACAUUCAAGAGCCGCCAACAAAUGGAAAGGUCCUGUUGAAGACUUCAGCAGGCGACAUUGACAUUGAGUUGUGGUCCAAGGAGGCUCCUAAAGCAUGCAGGAACUUUGUGCAACUGUGCAUGGAAGGUUACUAUGAUGGCACAGUGUUUCACCGAGUGGUGCCUGAAUUCAUUGUUCAGGGUGGAGAUCCCACUGGAACUGGAGCGGGUGGGGAGUCCAUCUUUGGCCGACCGUUCAAGGAUGAGUUUCACUCCAGAUUGCGCUUCAAUCGGAGAGGUUUGGUUGCUAUGGCAAAUGCUGGGCCGCAUGAUAACGGCAGUCAGUUUUUCUUCACCUUGGGGCGUGCAGAUGAGCUCAACAAUAAACACACCAUAUUCGGCAAGGUCACAGGAGACACGGUUUACAAUAUGCUCAGGUUAGCAGAAGUUGAAUGUGACAAUGAGGAAAGACCUUUGAAUCCCCACAAGAUAAAGUCUGCUGAGGUGCUUCAUUCUCCUUUUGACGACAUCGUACCUCGAGAAACAAAGAAAGCCAAAAAGGAAAAAGAUAAAGAGGAGGGAAAGAAGUCACAGUCAAAAGGCACAAAGAACUUCAGUCUGUUGUCGUUUGGAGAAGAAGCUGAAGAAGACGAGGAGAUGGUGAACCAAGUCAGUCAGACACUAAAGGGAAAAAGCAAAAGCAGCCACGACCUUCUGAAAGACGAUCCCAGACUGAGUUCUGUUCCAGCUGUUGAUAAGAAAAAAGGGAAGCGGACGUCAGGAGAUGCAGCCGAGACAGACGAUGAGGCCGAUGGCGAUGUCGAGGAGGACGUGGAUGCAGAUGAAGACUAUGACUCAGAGAAGAGAGUGAAGAUGAGAGAGCUCAUCAGUAAAAAGCUGCAGAAAGAGAAAGUCGCAGAGAGAACGACGGAGGAGGAGGAGGAGCAGCGAGGGAAGAAGUCCAGCCGCAGUGAUGAAUUGCGGAAGGAGGCGCGGCAGCUGAAGAAGGAACUGCAGGCCAUAAAGCAAAGGAAAGAAGAGGGUUCAAAACCUGCGGCAGAUAAAGUCACGGAGGUGGAUCAGAAGCCGUCCAGCGAGGCCGUGGCCGAGUACCUGGAGGGUCGGAAGAAGUACGAAGAGCUCAGGAAGCAGAAACGGAAGAAAGGCUCAAACAGAGAGGAGCAGACGCUGGCCCUCCUCAGCCGUUUCAAGUCCAAGCUGUCUUCAGCCAUCACUGAAGCUCCGGAGGAGGACGUGGAAGACCUGGAGGAAGAUGACGACAGUGGAUGGAUGGCCCAUGUGCUGCAGUUUGAUGAGCAAACCAGAAAAGUCAAGGAUGCCAACGUGCACGACGAGGACACGUUCGAGAUCUACGACCCACGCAACCCCGUCAACAAACGAAGGAGAGAGGAGAGCAAGAAGAUCAUGAAGGAGAAGAAGGCCAAGAGGUGAGGUCGCGAGGUCGCAGGUCGGGUCCUGCUCAGGCCGUGUGCCUGAGAAACCGGUCAUACAGCAUCCUGCCUGUCCGCUCUCCUGCCACUUCAAACCCCUUCUGAACAUCUGGACUGAGGAUGCCGACCCGAGCGCAGACGAUCCCUGUAAUCUGUGAUGGAAAGGCUGGAACAGCUGCACCGGUCACUCGCCGCCGUUAGGACUCUGCUCAUGAUUUAAUUACGUGUUACCGCCGCUAACUUUUCUAAGCCGUUCUGUUUCUGUCGCCUGAAGCUUAAAUGUGAGACGUUGCCUAAAAAAUAAAAAGUUCCAAGCGA